UCGAGGGCUGAGUAAAGCAGCUUAGUGUUCGUGCGCCUCCGCCAUCUUGUCACAUGACCUGAGUGUUUGGUCCCGUGACCACGAAUCAUCUGUUCCGGAUGAGUUUGCGGUAGGUGUGAUCGUGGUUGGUGGUGCCCUGCGCUGGCUGUAAUCUUAAAUUGCAAUUAAUGACGGGAGAGAUAGUCAGAUGAGCUACAAGGACUUGUGGUAAACAGGAUGCAUUUAUAUUUUAGAUCUGCCCGGAAUGAAUGAAGGUGUUGAUGUCAAGGAGGUCAUACCACAAAAUUUGGCCAUCGUUCAAUACGGGGAUAAGGAGGACAACAAUGGCCGUGAUCCAGACAGUCCCAUGCAGCUGCAGUACUUCAAGGCUGGAGGGGCACCUCCAGCAGGCAUGACGUACCGCGUGGUGCACAUCAACACGACGUCGGGCGGCAGCGGCGAGGUGGUGCAGCAGGGCCUGGCGACGGGCGGCGGCGGCGGCACCACGCUGCUCACGGCGGCGGCCGGCGCCGGCGAGGUGGCCGACGGACAGAUGGCCUACAUUCCCUCCGGCUCGGCCGGCGACGGCCUGGCUGCGCUCAGCAGCACCGGCGCAGGCGGCUUCUAUGUGAUAAGCGGGCCGCAGGACGUGGGCCUGGGAGGCGGACCGGCUCGCGGGCCCGGCCGCUGCGAGGUGCACAGGGACGACCGGCGGCGCGCCACGCACAACGAGGUGGAGCGGCGGCGGCGCGACAAGAUCAACAGCUGGAUCACGAAGCUGGGCAAGCUGCUGCCCGAGACCGGGGACCCCGGCAAGCAGAACCAGGUGUGCGGGAGCAAAGGCGCCGUGUUGUCGCAGGCGUGCGACUACGUGCAGGACACGCGCGGCAUGCAGCAGAAGUACAUGGAGCUGGUGCGCGACAACGAGAAGCUGCUGGAGGACAUCAAGAUGCUCAAGCAGAGUAACGAGGCGCUGGUGACGGCCAACCAGCUGCUCAAGGCGCACCUCAAGAGUCAGGGCGCCGUCAUACUGGAGACGGACCACCAGCCGGGCGGCGGCCACUGACGGCCGGCCGACCGGCGCGUCUGCUGUCGGCCGCGCCGGGCGGAGUCGGCGCCCGAGGCGGCCACGCCGCCACCGCCCGCCGCCGCCCGCCGCCGCGGCGAGGCCUCGGGUGGCUGGUGACGCGCCGUACGGGUUCGGGGACCGACAGCGCUCGGACCGAGCGGCCACUGGCUGUGGUCCGGCGACCGGGGUCGCCGCUGGUGGCGACCGCUGUGACGGCGGCCGGCGAUCGGUGCCGCCAUGCAUUACGAAUGGACUGUGCUUAUACAAGGGUGCGAUACAAUUCAUUUAGUUCAUCCAUAUUGGCCGAGCGGUAGUGACUAGCGAUUCUCAAGUGUAACUUGAGGAUGGAGUGUGCGUGUGCCUGUGGCAUGCUAACGCAAUACACGAACCUUCGAAU